GCCUCGAAUUGGCGGAUUUCACAAAACAGGGCGUUUAUUUUGUUCAGACGGCUUUUGAUGAUUCAAACAGUUACACAAACACAUCUUCCAUGUAAUACUGAAUUCAGGAUAUCUGCUCCAAUGGUGAUUUCAGCUGUUGACAUAAGGAGAUCGUUUUAUUCUUUUUGGACCUGUGCCAUGAACUUCUUGUUUAUGGACUGUAAAGGGCUGGUUGUUAAUCUACGAAUUUUAGGGCAGGUUCAUCGCACGUUCAUGAGAGGUUGUCUGUCAGACAUAAUUGACUACAACACGACUACCGUAGACCUAUUGACAUCGCGCGACCGAUGUCUGCAUCUGCCGAUGAAGUACCUGUUCGCCGGCAAUUAUCGCGUCAUACAGAAGAACCAACAGCUGACGCUGUGCACGUGUCACGAGAGCUUGUGCAACAACGCCGCGUCGUUCUUGGUCCACAGUAUGUGGGUGAUCGUGUUUAUGUUUCUUACGGUAGUUCCUGCCUUUGGCCUCCUGUGGAUUCCAUGA